AUAAACGUUCCCCCCUCCGGCGAAAUUUCCACCUCGACCCAACCCAGGCAGCUGCACCACCACCAGGAUUCGGUUCCGCGCCGAGCUCGUCCCCCCGUCGCAACACAUCGCGAAGCAGCACGUCCAAUCCACACACUGCUCGCCGAUCGCCUCUCGUAACGCCUCACUCUCUCUCUCACUACCUUCAAGCACCCCCGAACGCAACGACAACAUGACUGGACGUGGUGGAGGCGGCGGUCGCCGCGUUCUGCUGCCCCCGAUCAACAUGAUCUUCAAGCUCCUACAGACCAACGCCACCGUCAGCGUGUGGUUGUACGAGCAGCUCGGUAUUCGUGUGGAGGGCAAGAUUCGCGGCUUCGACGAGUUCAUGAACCUGGUCAUUGACGACGCUGUCGAGGUCGGCCUCGUUACCAAGACAAACGAGAAGGAGUGGCGGAAACCCUUGGGUCAAAUUCUCCUCAAGGGCGACAACGUGUCCCUGAUCCAGAGCGUCACGUCUGCGUAAACGACAAGGAGCGAGGGCACAAUACGAACAAGGAAGCCCAAGGGGCCGGGAGGGACACUGGUGGUGGGCAUGAAGGAAUAAAAACGUUUCAGGCCUGGGUACCAUUUCUGACGGACGGCAAGGGAGGCGUUAUUGUCACCGGGCGAGGACCUGGUUUGAGGCGUAUGCAUGCAUGAUUUGUUGCUACCUCGGCGUGUCGGGCCUGCACUUGGCUGCCGGCCGACUGCCUGUCAAUGAAAUAUUGUGAAACGGCACUUGGGUUCUUUUUGAGUCGUGCGAGGUACCGUGACUGGCUCGUGUAUUAAUUGUUGUGACUUCGAUUGCACUUUAGACAGCCGCCACUCACAACGGAUUGAUCAUUUCGCACGUUGUCAGGGUCAACCCAUUUCAGUAACU